AUGGCACAUAGACAAAAACCUGAUAAAACUUUUGAACAAUGUCAAAAGAGGCUGCUUGCUAGGAAAAGACAGAAGCGUUAUAUAAAAAAGCGAAAAAUUAAUAACAUAGAAGCAAUCACAUAUAAGGGAAGCAUCAAAUCUAUCGAAUUCAUUAAAUACCUAGAUUACGAACCGGAAUCGGAUGUUGCUAUCAUUAUAACUAACGCUGUUGAUAAUAAUAUUAUAUUGGAAACUGAUGCUAAGGUUCAGGUUAAUCAAGAAUGUUAUAAACUGGGAAGGAUAGAUCAAACAUGUAUUCAUUGUGGCACCAAGUUUUGGAUAGAAGAAAAAGAUCAGAGUAGUAGUAGAAAAUUUCCAAAAUUUUCGAUUUGUUGUACCCAUGGAAAGGUUCACUUACCAUCCUUAUCUGAGCUGCUACUAUAUUUACUGGACCUCUAUACUUCAGUUGGAUCUGAUGGAAAUUCAUUUCACAAGAACAUCAGAAGCUAUAAUAACAUCUUAGCAUAUACGUUGUUUGAGACUAAUAUAAUUAAUGAGUUUCAAGGAUGUGAUAUGUCUAAUUUCUGGAUUCAUGACCAAGUUUAUUAUAGUGUUGGACCAUUACUGCCCAAAGAAGGAUGCUCUCCAACAUUUGCCCAAUUAUAUAUUUAUAAUAUUGUGCAUGAAAAUGAAAACCGAUAUAAUAUUGUGCAGGGGUUAAAUAAAGUUAUUCUAAAGAAUUUACAGGACAUGCUAGAUGAAUAUCCCCAUUGGUAUAAUACUCCUAAUGCCUCUAAAGUAGUAGCAAUUAUGAUUGGUGAUGAUCAUAAAGUAGAUCCAACUAAUCAAGACAUUCUUCUUAGGUUGCGUGGUGAUAGUCUACAGAGAAUAUCAAAACUUUGUCCAUCUUACAAUCCGCUUCAUUAUGUACUAUUAUUUCUAGGUGGAGAUAAUGGUUGA